GAAACUUGCAUCAAUUUUUUUAUCAUCGUCAUGAUAUUUCAUCAUGGUUUCAUUCAUUACAUUUGAAAUAUGGUGAUGUAUUUGAAAUUUACAUUGGGCUUGAUAGACAAUUAGUCGUUCACAAUUUACAAAUCACUGAACGUGUUUUGAGUCCAUUGAGAAAUAGUAAUUACAUAAUGCGUUUGACACCUAAUAAAGGACUAGACGAAUUAGGAAAAAGCAACCAAGGAAUUAUUUUAAAUAGAGACAUUAACAAAUGGGCUCAUAAUAGAAAAAUACUUAUUAGAGCUAUAAUGGCUCCAAAUGCAUUAAAGUUUUCAGCUGAUCUUGUAAAUCGUGUUUUUAAAGAUUUAGAAACUUAUUGGGAUUCUUUAAUUAAUGAAAUGGGAGAAUCUAUUACAAGUAAGGGAAUUCAUCAAAAAAAAGUAUUGGAAAUUGACCUUGUGCCUUGGAUCAAAAGGAUCUUCACCGAAAAUAUAAUGUUAUUAGCAACAAACAGGCAAACUAAUAUGUUAUUGAAUUAUUACAAAAUCAGCAAAAAAGAAAAAGAUUUCAAUAUAGUUAAAACUGCUGAGGAGGAAUAUUUACAUAAUUUGGAUUUUGCACAAGAUUGUAUUAGAUAUUAUGCAACAUUUCCUUUGUUUAUACGUAAUUUGCCAUUGAUAAAGAUUUAUUCAAAUUAUCUAUUAAACAAAUUUUUAUCAACAAGAAAGUAUAUUAUCAAUUUAAUCAAAGAAUCUAGAGAGAAAAUUGAAAAUAUUAGUGAUAAAGAAAACCUGACACCUGAUAUGUUGAAUAUGUUAUUAACUAUUAAUACUCCAAAAGAUAUUACUCAAGGCAUUGCAAAUGAUUUAAAUGAUAAACCAAUGACUGAUGAAGAAAUUAUCAAUGUUAUUUCUGAAACAUUCCUUGCGGGAAUUCAGACUUCAUCUGAUGCUUUUUCAUUUGUUAUAUAUUAUGUAUCUAGUCAUCCCGAGGUUGAACAAAAUAUUCUUAAGGAAAUUGAACAGGUAUUUGGAGAUAAAUCUAAUUUAGAUUAUGAAGAUUUAAAAAAAUUGGAAUACAUUGAAGCUGUAAUAAAAGAAGCAACAAGUUUUGAUCAAAUAAGUGAUUACAAAAUUCCAGGUUCAACACUAACGGUUAUAAAUGUCAAAAGUUUACACAUGAAUCCAAAUUAUUGGAAUGAACCAACUAAAUUCAAUCCUUCGAGAUUCUUAAAAAACAAAAAUAAUGACAACAAUAGUGAAGAUUCCUUUAUCAAAAAUACAUUUUUACCUUUUGGUGGUGGAUUGCGUAUGUGUCCAGGAAGACAUUUAGCAAUGAAUCAACUCAAAUUACUGGUUGCUUUAUUCUAUAAAAAAUAUGAAUUUGAAUUGGUAAAUGAUAAACUUGUAUAUAGACAAUCUAUUAGUGCUAAUGGUAAUAAUCAAUGUGGUGAAUUAAAGGUUAAAUUAGCUCAUAGAAAUUAA